UCGCUUCGCAACCUCACUGGGUCUUUGUCUUCCCGGCGGUGCUUAAGAUCUGGUCUCGCUGCUGCUAGGUAUCCCAGGUAACUCCGUAGCAGCCUCUGUCGCGCUAAUACCUGCACAGGCCGCAGCAGCCGUAGGGAGGACGCCGGGACUCCCGGAAGCCGGGAAAUGGACUCAGUGGCAUUUGAGGAUGUGGCUGUGAACUUCACCUGGGAGGAGUGGGCUCUGCUGGAUCCUUCACAGAAGAAUCUCUACAGAGAUGUGAUGCUGGAAACCUUUAAGAACCUGGCCUGCAUAGGGGGGAAAUGGAAAAGCCAAAACAUUGAAGAUGACUACAAAAACCAGGGGAGAAAUCUAAGGUGAGUUUCACUCAAAAGAGUAGAGGGAUUCAGUGAAAGUAAAGAUAGUCAAUAUGGAUAAUUCACCAGCCAGAUUCUAAAUCUUAAUCUGAACAAUCUUAAUCUAAUUAAAUCAUGUGAAUGCAGUGUAUGUGGAAAAGUUUUCAUGCGUCACUCAUUUCUUAAUAGGUAUAUCAGAUCUCACACUGGACACAAACUAUGUAAGUAUCAGGAAUAUGGAGAGAAGCCAUAUAAAUGUAAGGAAUGUGGGAAAGCCUUCACCUUCAGUUGUCCCAGUUCCUUUAGAAUGCAUGAAAGAAUUCACACUGGAGAGAAACCCUAUGAAUGUAAAGAAUGUGGGAAAACCUUUGUUUAUUUCCCAAGCGUUCGAAGACAUAUGAUAACGCACACUGGAGAAGGACCUUGCAAAUGUAAAGUAUGUGGGAAAGCCUUUAACUGUCUCAGUUCACUUCAAAUGCAUGAAAGGAGUCACACUGGAGAGAAACCAUAUCAGUGUAAACAGUGUGGUAAAGGCUUCAGUCGUUCCAGUUCAGUUAGAAUGCAUGAAAGAAUUCACACUGGAGAGAAACCCUAUCAGUGUAAGGAAUGUGGAAAAACUUUCAUUUCUCUCCCACGUGUUCGAAAACAUAUGAUAACGCAUACUGGAGUUGGACCUUAUAAAUGUAAGGUAUGUGGGAAAGCCUUUAACUGUCCCAGUUCAUUUCGAGCACAUGAAAGGACUCACACUGGAGAGAAACCCUAUGAAUGUAAACAAUGCGGUAAAGCCUUUGGACAUUCCAGUUCCUUUAAAAUGCAUGAAAGAACUCACAGUGGAGAGAAACCCUAUGAGUGUAAGGAAUGUGGGAAAACCUUCAUUUCUCUCCCAAGCAUUCGAAUACAUAUGAUAACACACACUGGAGAAGGACCUUGUAAAUGUAAGGUAUGUGGGAAAGCCUUUAACUGUCCUAGCUCAUUUCGAAUGCAUGAAAGAACUCACACUGGAGAGAAGCCCUAUGAAUGUAAACAAUGUGGUAAAGCCUUCAGUUGUUCUGGUACCUUUCAAAGGCAUGAAAGGACUCACACUGGAGAAAAGCCCUAUGAAUGUAAACAAUGUGGUAAAGCCUUCAGUUCUUCCAGUUCAUUUCGAAUGCAUGAAAGGACUCACACUGGAGAAAAGCCCUAUGAAUGUAAACAAUGUGGUAAAGCCUUCAGUUCUUCCAGUUCAUUUCGAAUGCAUGAAAGGACUCACACUGGAGAAAAGCCCUAUGAAUGUAAACAAUGUGGUAAAGCCUUCAGUUCUUCCAGUUCUUUUCGAGUACAUGAAAGAAUGCACACUGGGGAGAAACCCUACGAAUGCAAGGAAUGUGGGAAAGCCUUCAAAUUUCUCACUUCCUUUCGACAUCAUGAGAGAACUCAUUCUGGAGUGAAACCCUAAAGAAUGAAUGUGAGAAAUCUUUCAUUUAUUACAAAACCUUUUGAGCA